GUCGUCUUUUUGAAGCAGAAAGCGCCUUGGUGCGGCUCAGGCUUGCCUUUUCCUUCUGUCCUCAUCUGCCUCUGAAGGUCUUAUGCGGCUCUUUAAGUCGUCGGCUCGGAAGUGCUGAGCCGAUUUGAAGAUAAGAGGAGCAGCGCGACGGCACAGGAGGGGCCGUUACGGAGGGAAUUCAGCCACGUGAAGCGAAUCCAUUGCGUUCGCGUUUGAAUGGAAGUCAAGACAACAACAGCAGCAAUUGUACGCCUGCGUCCUUUCUAUUGACGACCCGGCAUGAUUGUCCAGUUUUCCAUGUGAUGACAGGCUUCCAGGGAUGGAGUCGAUACCCGCACAGCUCGGAGAAGCCGGCUCCACUCCGAGUCCGAAACGGGACGCCCUCAAACCGAACCAAGUCAGCGAGACCUCCCUGUACGGGGUGCCCAUCGUUUCUCUGCUCAUAGACGCGAGGGAAAGGCUGUGCCUGGCCCAGAUCUCCAACACCCUGCUGAAGAACUACAGCUACAACGAGAUCCACAACCGCAGGGUGGCACUGGGCAUCACCUGCGUGCAGUGCACGCCCGUCCAGCUGGAGCUCCUGCGACGCGCCGGCGCCAUGCCCAUCUCGUCCAGACGCUGCGGCAUGAUCACCAAGCGGGAGGCCGAGCGGCUCUGCAAGUCCUUCCUGGGGGCGCACAGCCCCCCGAAGCUGCCCGACAAUUUCGCCUUCGACGUGUCCCACGAAUGUGCGUGGGGCUGCCGGGGCAGCUUCAUCCCGGCCCGAUACAACAGCUCCCGCGCCAAGUGCAUCAAGUGCACCUUUUGCAGCAUGUAUUUCUCGCCCAAUAAAUUCAUUUUCCACUCGCACCGCACGCCGGACUCCAAGUACCUGCAGCCGGACGCGGCCAACUUCAACUCGUGGAGGCGCCACCUGAAGCUGACGGAGAAGAAGCCGUCCGACGACGUCAACCACGCGUGGGAGGACGUCAAAGCCAUGUUCAACGGGGGCAGCCGAAAGAGGACGCUUCCGGCGGGGAGCUCGAGGGAGCGCUCGUCCCGCGAGGCGCGAGCCUCCUCCGCGCUCGGCCGCAGCGCCUCCCCGGAACUUCCGCGGAAAACUUUGCGCUGUGACGACGAUGUGCACGGGAGCCCGAACGUCGCUUCGGCGAGCAGCGCGAGGAGCUACCCGCUCAUCCCGGUGCCGAGUAAAAACUUUGCCGUGCUCCCCAAAAUCCCGCCCCCCUUCUUGCCGCACCACCCGUACGGUUUCGCCGGCUACGGGUUGUGUCCGAAAAAGAGCGACGGCGCGCCGGAGGCGACCAAAACCAACCCCGUCCCGGCUGUGUUUUGGCCCGCGACCAAGGAGGCCAUUUACCCCGCUUUCCCGGUGUUUUGGCCCGCGGCGAGCAGCCUCCCCGUGCCGCCCUACCCGGCCUCCCCGCCCGGGCUCCGCCAGGCCGACCUCGACCUAUCCGACCAACGCGAAAGGAGUGCAAAAGACGGCCAGCAGCAGCAGCAGCAGCAAGCUGCCGGGCAGCCGUGUCCCACUUCGUCCAGCAACUGCAGGAACGAGCGUGACGGCCCCGGGGACGAGACGCCGCAACACCGCAAAAUCGGCUACAUCUCCGCCUUCAAACCUGUGCUCAAAGACGCGGAGACCAUCGCCAAGUUGUACGGGGCCCGGGACGGCUUCAGUGUGCGGCCCGGCUACCUCUCCCCGGACUUUGUCAGCGAGACCUCCAGCUUUAGGUCCGUGUCCCCGGACGACGACGACGACGACGACGACGACCCCGACGUGGAUGUGGAGUCCAGCAGGGGGGAAGACGACGAGGAGCCCAUCCGGAUCUCGUCAAGAGGCGACCCCCGAGAGUCUCCCGGGCCCGAGGCGGCCGAAGAGAGCCAGGAGAAGCCUGCGCCGUCACCGGAGGACUCUUCAGAGGAGGGCAGGCUCACCAGGGACGGCUCGCCUCUUGGCCACGUGUGCGAGCACGAAGAGGGCUGCCGAGUGCACGCGAACGAGACUUGCGAGACGUCGAGCAGCCCCUGCAGACCAAACGCUGAUGGAGCUUUGCGCAUUGACAUCAGCGUGCAGGAGCGAAAUUUGGAGAACAUGGCAAAAGAGGAGUUGCAGAAGCAGCUGGUGGAGCAGAUGGAGCUCAGGAAAAAGCUGGAGAGAGAAUUUCAACAUUUAAAAGAUAAUUUUCAGGAUCAAAUGAAGCGCGAGCUCUCCUACAGAGAGGAAAUGGUCCAGCAGCUGCAGAUUGUUCGAGAAGCUCACGACGCCCUUCACCAUUUCUCCUGCAAGAUGUUGACCCCUCGCCAGUGUACUGGAGCCUGCACCUUUAAGCCCCCCCUGCUGCCUCCUUAAACGCCAACACAACCCCUUUACACUCACUCACUCACUCACUCACUCACUCACUCACUCACACAAACUUCCACUAUAUACAGUAGAUACACUGGUGAAUCGCACUUGAGUGAACUGACUGACACUCGGAGAAAGCAGGAUUUAUUUCAACAUUGUUUUAUGUUGAGAUUUCGGUGAUCUAAUGUUAAAGCUCAUACCAAGAAGCCACCUGCUAUUCAACUAUUCUGAAAAUGGGGGGAGGCACUAUACAAUAUAUACCAUGUGACAAUGUGCAAUGGCAUGUAUAAAUGUGAUAAGUUAAAAACAAUGUCAUUAUUUGGCUUUUGAUUGCUUGUUUUAAAUAACUUCGGUUCUAUAUGUAUCUUGAUUUCCCUUUCAGAUUAUUUGUACCACCGUUUGUGUUGUAAAGCACUUUAAAUGGGCAACAUUUCGGCUUUUGUCGUCCUUUAUAUACCAAAUGGUCACAUCGGAAAAAAGACGGAUGUUUAUGUUGAAAAAGAAGCACUUACUUGAACAGUGGCCGAGAGAUCAUAAUGUAUGUUUGAGAUCAUGCAAUAAAAGAUUUUCUCUCA